GUGAAAGAGCACUUGGGAGAGAGUGGUUUCAGGAUGAGUGGCGGGCAAGACGAAACGCUGAGAUCGCUCUCACUUGACUACCUCAACCUUCUCAUCAACGGCGAGGCGUUCAGCGACGUGACCUUCAGUGUUGAAGGUCGGUUAGUCCACGCCCACCGCUGCAUCCUAGCCGCUCGAAGCCUCUUUUUCCGUAAAUUCUUUUGCGGCCCUGAACCACCACCAGGGCUUCCGUUUCUCGACCGCGGCGCUCACCGCUCUCCAUCGACCUCUCCGCGAGGUCGCACUAGCCCUGGCGCUGUCAUCCCGGUCAAUUCCGUCAGUUACGAGGUUUUCUUGCUGCUGCUCCAGUUUCUUUACAGCGGUCAAGUCUCGGUCGUGCCUCAGAAGCACGAGGCUCGCCCUAACUGCCCUGACCGCGGCUGCUGGCACACUCAUUGCACUGCCGCUGUCGAUCUCGCUCUCGACACUCUCUCCGCCGCCCGAUCCUUUGGUGUCGAGCAACUCGCUUUGCUCACCCAGAAACAGUUGGCUUCGAUGGUGGAGAAGGCGUCCAUCGAGGACGUGAUGAAGGUGUUAAUGGCGUCGCGCAAGCAAGACAUGCACCAACUCUGGACUACCUGCUCGCAUCUCGUUGCUAAAUCCGGCUUGCCGCCGGAAGUCCUCGCGAAGCAUCUCCCCAUCGACGUCGUCGCCAAGAUUGAAGAACUCCGGCUGAAAUCCUCCCUCGCUCGCCGCACCUCCACGUUCAUGCCUCACCCUCAUCACCCACCACCCCCCAUCGACGUCGUCGGCGCUGGCCCAGCUGAGCUUGAGGACCACCAGAAGAUCCGCCGCAUGCGCCGCGCUCUCGACUCCUCGGACGUCGAGCUCGUUAAGCUUAUGGUCAUGGGCGAAGGGCUCAACCUCGACGAUGCGCUAGCUCUCCACUACGCCGUUGAGAACUGCAGCCGUGAGGUCGUGAAAGCCUUGCUCGAGCUCGGAGCCGCCGAUGUCAACUGCCCCGCCGGCCCCGCCGGCAAAACCCCUCUUCACUUAGCCGCUGAGAUGGUCUGCCCCGACAUGGUCGCCGUUCUCCUCGACCAUCACGCCGACCCCAACAUCCGCACCGUCGACGGCGUUACCCCUCUCGACAUCCUCCGUAGCCUCACCUCAGAUUUCCUCUUUAAGGGCGCUGUUCCGGGGUUAUCCCACGUCGAGCCGAACAAGCUCCGGCUGUGCCUCGAGCUUGUUCAAUCCGCAGCUAUGGUUUUAUCAAGAGAAGAAGCUAGUGGUGGUGGAAGUGGUACUUAUCCUUCAAUGAAUCCAGAGUCUAGUACUUGCAACAAUGCGAACAGUAGUAGCAGUAGCAUGGUGAACCUCAGCUUGGAUUCAAGAAUGGUUUAUCUGAAUCUUGGAAUGGCUGCUGCUGCUCAAUUGGGGUGCAAAAUGAAUGAUGGUAAUGAUGAUGAUAGUAGCACCAACAGGUCUCAAGGAGGUGGUUCCAUUGGCCCUUCUUCCAUGUUUUCUCCCCAUGACUUCCCUUAGCUUGUAAGCUCCAUCAUCAACUGCUACAUAUAUAUAUAUAUAUAUUUUUAUAUAAUAUUUAUACCUCUCUACCUUAUAUUUCAACAAUGGGUGCAUGGGAGGAGGCAGCUGAGUUAACAGCAAGGCAAAGAGUGGAGGUGAUGAUUUCUACUUCUUUAAAUUCUUUCAACUAUUUCAAUUUGGUACUGUCAUUGGGUGUCUCUGUGAUUUUGUUCUUCUACAUUUCACUUUUGUUGGAGUAAUGAGGUGGUCAUGUCCGUCCACAUUGGAUUUCUUUUUUUCUUCUUCUUGUUUUAUUUGUUUACUUAGCUUUUUUUUGUUUCCUUCAUACUCUGCCUUCUUUGUAGUGUGGGUUUCUCUAUAUUGUGCGUUUUGGAUGAAUGGGGUGCACCAGCAUGUGAGGGAUUUGAAGGGGGAGACAAGGAGAAUCUAAGAGAUGAAUUAUCUUUGGAGAUAUGCAGGUCAAUCUUUCUCACUCUAUUUGGCCUGGCAAAACCCCUUUUUGCUUCUCCUCAUAUCUAUAUAUGUUAUAGACUUUUCUUAUGUUUAAGUGUCACUUAUCAAACGAGUUAUGGUCAUGGUCUCACCUCUCCAUUCCUGUCUCCUGACCUCUUGCAGUUAUCUAUAUAUGACGGGUUUAUCUUGCUCUUUUA